UCAUCAUCACACUAGUUCUGCUAACUACAAACUGGUGGUUUUGCCAAGGUUGUUUGGAAGAAGAAAGGUUUGCACUUUUGCAGCUUAAAUCCAACAUAAACAAUCCAAACGGUAAUUCUCUUUCAUCAUGGAUAGAUAAUAAUAGAUCUGAUUGUUGUGAAUGGCCAAACGUGGUAUGUGACACUACCACGAAGCGUGUUGUACAAAUCUCUCUCAAUUCUACAAGGAUCUGGGUGGUUCAAGGCGAUUGGCAUUUCAAUGCCUCUCUUUUCCUUCCCUUUAAAAUGCUUAGGGUCCUUUCCUUAGAACAAACUGACAUGGUUGGAUGGGUGGAGAAUCAAGGGUUUGCGAAACUAUUAUCUGAAUUAAAUAUGCUGCAGGUCCUAAAUUUGAAGGAGAACAGCCUCAAUUGGCUUGAGAAACUACCAAACUUGAGUAAGUUAGAGAUCCUAAAUUUGGAGGGGAAUAAGUUUAAUCGCAGUGUUCUUUUAUCUCUUAGUGGCCUCACAUCUCUUAAAUCUCUCAAACUCGGCCACAAUUCUUUAGAUGGAUCUGGCGAUGAAAGACUUCAAAAUUUGAAAAGACUUGAGUUCUUGUCCCUUGAUGGCACUGGAAUAAGCGAUUUACAGUCCGUUUGCAGUAUUCAUGAUUUUACUAAUUUGAAGGAGCUUGACAUAUCACAAAAUGCAUUCCAAAGUCUUGGACCCAUGCACGGCCUAUCACGUUUGGAAAUUCUUCAUGCGGGAUCUAAUAAUUUCAAUAAUACCAUAUUCCCAAGUUUUAAACAGUUUCCAUCACUCAGAUUCUUAGACCUCUCUACAAAUCAAGCUAUAAAUGGAUCAGUAGAAAUAAAUGAGCUACUUGCUUUGGAAGAAUUGGAUUUAAGUUGUAAUAGAAUCGACAACUUCGUCACCACCGGAGGCUUACCAAAUUUGGAAAGUCUUCAUUUAAGACAGAAUCGGUUUAAUAAUAGCGUAUUUUCAAGUCUUAAACAAUUUCCAUCACUCGUGUUCUUAGACCUUGCUGUACAAUUCACUAUAACAGGAUCAUUACAAAUAAAUGAGCUACUUGCUUUGACCAAUUUGGAAGAAUUGGAUUUAAGUAAUACGGGAGUUGAGGACUUCUUCACCACUAAAGGCAUUGCAAAUGUAAGCCAUCUUCAAGUGCUGCACCUAGAUAGCCUAUUAGGUGGAUCAACAUCCAACUACAGCAAUUUGAUACAAUCCUUAUCAGUUCUCUCAUCACUCAAGACCCUCUACUUUCGACAUAAUCACUUUCUAGAAACUCAUUAUUGGAAAAAUCUGAGCAAAUUGGAAAAUCUAUUCUUGGAUGGUUCUUAUCUUGUUGACAAAAAUGUCCUUAACAACAUUGGAGGAUUGAUGUCUCUCAAAGUUAUUUCACUUUCCGAAUGUGGACUAAGUGGAACCUUACCAAAACAAGGUUGGUGUGAGCUUAAAAAUAUUCAAGAGUUAAGACUUAGUGGGAAUGAGUUGAAUGGUGUGCUUCCCCCUUGCCUAGGAAACUUGACUUCUCUUAGAUUGAUUGAUUUAUCCUCUAAUCAAUUCUUUGGCAACAUAGCUAUCUCCCCAUUGUCUAGACUAACAUCACUUGAAUCUUUAACCAUUUCAAAUAACCAAUUUCAAGUCCCCUUUUCUUUUGAGUCAUUUAGCAAUCACUCAAAUCUCAAAUUCAUAUUUGCUGCCAACAAUGAAGUGAUUUUGGAAACCAGUUCUAAAAACUCUGUGCCAUCCUUCAAACUAGAGUUUUUUAGUUUAUCCAAUUGUGUAGGACAAUAUCAUAGAUUGCCAAGCUUUUUACUUCACCAAAAUCAAUUAAGAAUCAUUGAUCUGACACGAAAUAAUGUUGGAGGUGAUUUUCCUAAUUGGUUGUUAGAGAAUAACACAAAAUUAGAAGGGUUUUACAUGGGUGGCAAUGCUUUUAAAGGGUACUUGAAAUUCCCCAAAAAACCUAAUUUCCACAUUGGCACAAUUGAUAUCUCUGGGAACAACAUAAGUGGGCAGAUCCCAAAUGAUAUAAAUAUUUUCUUUCCAAACAUAAUUGUACUAAACAUGUCUGGGAACAAUCUUGUUGGUAGCUUACCUUCUAGUUUUUGGGACCUUAAUUCUCUAGAAUACUUGGAUUUGUCUAACAAUAACUUGAUGGGGGAAUUGCCACAAAAAUUAGCUACUUGUUGUUACUCUUUACAGUUUUUGAAACUGUCAAAUAACAAGUUCCAAGGGCAAAUAGUAUUUCCAGGAGCUCUAAAUACAUAUUCAUUGUCGGCCUUACUACUUGACAACAACAACUUUGCGAGCACGAUACCUGAUGAUCUCUCUACCACUUUUACUACACUAAUGGGACUAGACCUCAGUAACAACCAUUUGCAUGGAAAACUUCCAAAGUGUAUAGGCAAUAUGUCAAACAUUUAUCUUCUUUCUGUGUCCAAUAAUCAACUUGAAGGUCCAAUUCCUAUAGAGUUCUGCAAGUUAGAGAGCAUUAUGCUAUUGGAUAUGUCAGACAAUAUGUUAUCAGGCUCAAUUCCAUCUUGCUUCAACCCUGGAAGGUUAGCACAUCUUUAUCUAAGCAAAAAUAAGUUUGGAGGUCAACUCACACAGCCAUUUUGUGAUCAAACUUCUUUGGCAUUGCUAGACCUCAGUGAUAACAAUUUUAGAGGAAAAAUUCCGGGAUGGAUUGGGAACCUUAGUACACUAAACAUUCUUCUCCUUAAAGGGAAUUAUUUUAAAGGGGUUAUCCCUAGCCAAUUAUGCCAAUUGAGUCAUCUGAGUAUUCUAGAUCUCUCGUACAAUAAUCUUAGUGGUCCAAUCCUUCAUUGUUUGGAUAAGAUGGCAUUAGCUAUGUUUUAUUACGACUUUAGAAAAUCUUCAUUAGCUAUUGAAGUAGCAAGGGAUCCUAAGACUUGGACAUCAUUGUCGUACUUGGAAACAAGCAAAUUGGCAAUGGCAUUUCACCUUCCUUUAGCUAUGAUUGAUGAUGAUGAUGAUGCUUAUUUAGUCGAUGAUCAUGUCGCGGCAAGAUUUACCUCCAAGCUGCAAUCAUAUUCUUAUAAGCGAACAGUGUUGCAAUACAUGUCGGGAUUUGAUCUAUCCUGCAAUCAAUUAAGUGGCAACAUUCCUUCUAAUCUUGGAAAGUUAAGUGAAAUCCGUGCUUUGAAUCUUUCGCACAACAAUCUCACUGGUGACAUCCCGAUAACCUUAUCAGGUCUUGCAAAGAUCGAGAGUUUAGAUCUUUCCUACAACAAGUUAAAUGGGAUAAUACCUGCUCAACUAAUUGCGCUCAAUUUUUUGGAAGUGUUCAGUGUAGCCCACAACAAUUUAAGUGGUCCCAUCCCAGAUCGUAAAGCUCAAUUUGCAACAUUUGAUGCAAGCAGUUAUGAAGGAAAUGCUCUUCUUUGUGGCCCUCCACUUAGCAACCUUUGCACCCAUAAAGAAUUGCCGCCGCCACAAGUAUUGUUACAUGAAAAUGGUGAAGAAGAAAACAAUUUUAUGGACAUGAAAUCAUUCUACAUAAGCUUUUUCAUAGCUUACACAGUUAUGUUGGUAACCGUGGUUGUAGUACUGUGUAUAAACCCAUAUUGGAGGAGAACUUGGUUUAGUUUCAUUGAGUUAUGUGCAAUGUCAUGUUAUGACUAUGUUUGGAUAGCAUUUCUUAAAUUCAAAUUAAGAAUGCGAAGUCUUCGUUCAAGAUUUAUGUAAAUAUUAUCAAUUUAUGUUUUUUAAUGACAUUUUAUACAUCUUUAUUUGUAUUA